AUGUGGUAACAAUUCCUAAACUAGCGUGUUAUAAAUGUUAACUGUUAUUUUUGAGGGAAAAAAGGACAAAGUUACAUAUAUACUCGUAGUAUUUAUAAGGAGUUCUAAAGGAGUUAGAAUCCACCGACCUUCUUCCAUCAUUCAUUCUUUAUUGAAUCUAUUGUUUCGUGUUUAGAAGAUCCAAGAAAAACUCAAAAAGAAACUAUAACAUGCAUUGGAAAAAACAGCACGUUAUUGGGGUUGGAUCUUAUGGCCCGGUGCAUUUGGCUGCACCAAUAAACUAUUCAGCCAAGAAUUCUUCAACAUUAGCAGUUAAAUCCUCAGAAGUUGAGAAUUCAUCUCGAUUACGAAAAGAAGGAAAAAUCUUGAACGAACUAAAAGGCUCGCCUUACAUUGUUCGAUGUUUUGGAGAAGACGAGAGCUUUGAAUACGAAGUAGCUCGUUACGCGUAUCAGCUGUUAAUGGGGAUUCGUCACGUCCAUAACAAAGGGUUUUUUCACUGCGAAAUAAAACCUAGCAAUCUCCUUGUUUUUCCGACUAACAAUAAGUUGAUAAAGAUUGCUGAUUUUGGGUCUGCGUUGAGAGCCACAGAAGUACCAAGAGAGCUUCAUGAAAAAAGACGAAUUUUUGACGUGUGUUGUAUAGGGUGUGUAGUUGUAAAGAUGCUCACUGGAGAUCCGACUUAUUGGUAUACGGAAGAUAUUGAGAAAUACCAAGAAGCGCUUUUAUGUUAUUAUCCUGAUGAGUUUAUGGACAGUACUGUUUCUAAUAUGACAAAAGAUUUUGUGAGAAAUUGUUUGCGUUGUAAGAAUCCUGGUAGAUUGAUUGUGGAUGAACUAAUUAAUCAUCCUUUUAUUCAGAAUGCAAUUACUGAGAAUCAUGAAGAGUUGAUGGUUUCCAGUGUUAAUAAUAAUUCUUUUGGUGAUUGGGUUUCUAAGCAUGGUUUGUUUACUACAAGUGGGGUUGAUGAGCCUAAAAGAAAAGCAAAAUUAGGAGAUGAAAGUAAACUGAUCAAUUCGCUCUUUGCAUCAAAGGAAUUCAUGGAGGCGGACCUAACUGAAAUCAUGGAAGGAAGUUAUGCAAAAUUAUUGCGUUAGAAACUGAGGACAUGAUGUAGAUCAGAGUUGAAUGAUGUUAUUCUUUUUGUUUUUGAAUUUAAGAUUCUUUUUUCUUCUGAGUUUAACCAUUCGACAUCCAGAAUACAUUGACUUGUCUAAUCCAGAUUCUUGCUAUGUAACGAAUCGGAUGGAACUUGACAUCGCUAGUGAAGGAUGGAAGAACUUUUACCAUUUCAAGCACCAUUUGGGGUUGUACGAGCUAUGCAAAGUUAAAACUUA